AAAAAAAUAGUUGAUCAUGUCAAGCAAAAAUAAAAAAGGAGGACCUUCUCAGGCUGAACUCUUGGUCAAAACAUGCUCAGAAAUUGUAGCUGAACUUGUAGCAGCUGUAGAGGCAGGAAAAGACGUUAAUUUGAACGGCGUGAAGAACAGAGCAGCUCGUAGAAACAAGUUGCAACAUCAACCCAAGCUUGUAGAAAUUAUUGCUGCGAUCCCAGAACAGCAUAAAGCAGCUCUACUUCCUAAAUUAAAAGCAAAGCCAGUUCGUACGGCUUCUGGUAUUGCUGUUGUGGCUGUUAUGUGUAAACCUCAUCGAUGUCCUCAUAUUGCAAUGACAGGAAACAUUUGUGUAUACUGUCCUGGUGGUCCUGAUUCUGAUUUUGAAUAUUCAACACAAUCUUAUACAGGUUAUGAACCCACAUCUAUGCGUGCCAUUCGUGCUCGAUACGACCCCUAUGAACAAUCCCGAGGCCGUGUUGAUCAGCUUAGAAGUUUAGGUCACAGCGUAGAUAAAGUAGAAUACAUUAUUAUGGGUGGUACAUUCAUGUCAUUAGCAGAAGAUUAUCGAAACUGGUUUAUUCAAAACCUGCAUGACGCUCUUUCUGGCCACACAAGUAAUAAUUUGGAUGAAGCUGUUAGAUACUCUCAACAAAGCCAAACGAAAUGUAUUGGUAUCACUAUUGAAACACGUCCUGACUACUGUCUAAAGCCUCAUUUGAGUCAAAUGCUUCGCUAUGGUUGUACGCGUUUAGAAGUAGGUGUUCAGAGUGUGUAUGAAGAUGUUGCCAGAGAUACAAACCGUGGACACACUGUCAAGGCUGUGACAGAAUGUUUCCAGAUGGCUAAAGAUGCUGGUUUCAAGGUUGUUUCCCAUAUGAUGCCUGAUUUGCCCAACGUAGGCAUGGAAAGAGAUAUUGAGCAAUUCAAAGAAUACUUUGAGAACCCUGCCUUUAGAUCAGACGGUCUCAAGAUUUACCCUACACUUGUCAUUCGUGGUACAGGCCUUUAUGAGUUAUGGCGAACCAAGCGUUAUCAAAACUACACGCCGAAUGCUCUUGUUGAUCUGGUUGCUCGUAUUUUGGCUAUUGUUCCUCCAUGGACACGUAUUUACCGUGUACAACGUGAUAUCCCUAUGCCUUUAGUCUCUUCUGGUGUUGAGCAUGGUAAUCUGCGUGAAUUGGCACUGAACCGUAUGAAGGAUUUAGGUACUGAGUGCCGUGAUGUGCGUACGCGUGAAGUGGGUAUUACUGAAAUCCAUCAAAAGAUUAAGCCUGAUCAAGUUGAAUUAAUUCGUCGUGACUAUGUGGCCAAUGGUGGUUGGGAAACUUUCUUGUCUUAUGAAGAUCCUCACCAAGAUAUUCUUGUGGGUCUGCUGCGUCUUAGAAAGUGUUCUUCUCAAGCAUUUAGACCUGAAUUGACUGCUGGUCCUACUUCUAUCGUAAGAGAGUUACACGUCUAUGGUUCUGUUGUGCCUAUGCAUGACCGAGAUCCUACCAAAUUCCAACACCAAGGUUUUGGUACUCUCUUGAUGGAAGAAGCUGCUCGUAUUGCCAAAGAAGAACAUGGUAGUGUCAAAUUAAGUGUCAUUUCUGGUGUUGGUGUAAGAGACUAUUAUGCUAAACUCGGCUAUGAAUUGGAUGGUCCUUACAUGUCAAAGAUGCUUUAAGCUAUCUCUUUUUUUAUAUAUAUAUAUAUAUACAAGUCUAUUUAAAAAUGUAAAUACUCUAUAAAUCUGUCUUAACCAAAUCAUGACGGAUGCGUUAUGCAAAUAAGGACUUUUAUUCACUCAUUAAAUCUUCGAGUUUAUCAAAUAGAC